CUCUCAUAAAAGGACAAACUUUGGGAAUUUCACGGGGCAUUUCGAGCUGUCGAGAUUACUGCCACAUCCCUGAGGUACCGUGGCUGUGGAUGCUGCGCUCCGGUCUGCGCUGCUCCUCUGCUCCUCCCGGCAAGCAGGCGGACAGGAGGAGGAGGAGGGCGGUGCGAGAACAGAUUCGUGCGCUCCAGCG